UGGUGGCGCCUUGCCCGGGCUCGAGAUGCCUGCCUGCCUGCCUCCCUGGGCGCCUGCGUGCCCGGGGCCGGGCGGAGCUUGCUGGCGGGAGGCGUGUCGGGUCAUGGGCGCGCGCCGAGGCCGUGGCGCGGUUCCGCCGCUGCGGCUACUGCUCGGCCUUGGCCCCGCGGGCAGAGCGCACGGGCUGCUGGGCCCCAACCGCCGCGGGUUCAGCGCCGAGCCCGCCCCGGCGGCGCCCAGCAUGGAGUACCAGGACGCCAUCCGGACGCUGAACUCGCUCCAGACCAACGCCAGUUACCUGGACCAGGUGAAGCGGACGCGCGGGGACCCCCAGGCCCAGCUCUCGGCCAUGGACACCUUCCUCCUCCGGACCGGGAUCCAGGUCAGAGACCUGGACCAGCUCAACAUCAUCCACGUCACGGGGACAAAGGGCAAGGGCUCCGCUUGCGCCUUCACGGAGCGCAUUCUCCGCAACUACGGCUUGAAGACGGGCUUCUACAGCUCUCCCCACCUGGUUCAAGUGCGCGAGAGGAUCCGCAUCAACGGCCAGCCGAUUAGCAAGGAACUUUUCAGCAAAUAUUUCUGGCAAGUCUAUAACCGCCUGGAAGAGACCAAGGACUCGCACGGUGCCGCCAUGCCCGCCUACUUCCGCUUCCUCACCAUCAUGGCUUUCCACGUCUUUUUGCAGGAAAAGGUUGACUUGGCUGUGUUGGAAGUUGGCAUCGGAGGCGCCUACGACUGCACCAAUAUCAUCAGGAAGCCGGUCGUGUGCGGCGUGUCCGCCUUGGGCAUUGACCACACCAGCAUCCUGGGGGACACCAUCGAGAAGAUCGCCUGGCAGAAGGGAGGCAUCUUCAAGCCUGGAGUGCCGGCGUUCACUGUCCCGCAGCUCGACCGGCCCCUGGACGUGUUGAAGGAGCGUGCCCAGAAGAUCUCGUGCCCGCUCUGGGUGUGCCCGGACCUGGGCGCCUUCGAAGAGGGCGGGCGGCCCCUCCGGCUGGGCUUGGCCGGGGACCACCAGCGCUCCAACGCCGCCCUGGCCCUCCAGCUGUGCCGCGCGUGGCUCCACCGCCACACACACCUGGAUGUCGCUGAGCUGAACGAGCCCUGGACGGACUCCAAGAGGCCCCCGCCCGUGGCCCCCGCCUUCAGGCUGGACGAAGCCAUGCUGCAAGGUUUGCAGGACACGGAGUGGCUGGGCCGCAACCAGGUGCUGCACCACGGGCCGGUCACGUGGUACAUCGACGGGGCCCACACCACCAGCAGCAUCCAGGCCUGCGUCCGCUGGUUUCGCCAGGCCGCCCGGAUCGGGAAGAUGCCGGCAGACGGCUCCGAGGUCCGGGUGUUGAUCUUCAACGUGACGGGCGACCGGGACACAGCCGCCUUUUUAAAGCUGCUGGUGCCCUGCCAGUUCGACUACGCUGUCUUCUGCCCCAAUUUCACCGAAGUGUCUACUGUCGGGAACGCAGACCAGCAGAACUUCAAUGUGACGCUGGAACACGUCCUGACGCGCUGCCUGCAGAACCAGCACCAGUGGCAACGACUGACCGAGACCGGAGUGGACAGUGACCUCUGGCCCUUGGACCCCUUGGGGGAGACCCCGCUCCCGCCGCCCGGGACCUCCACACGGGUCUUCCCCUGCGCCUCCCAGGCCCUGUGGUGGGCCAGCCAAGGCCGGGACCCCCGACUCGCGACCCCGGCCAGGAGGGGGUCGCACGCCUUGACCACGUUCCCCCGUCUCCGCGAGGCGGGCGCCAUCCAUGUGCUGGUGACCGGCAGCCUCCACCUGGCCGGAGCCGCCCUCAAUCUGCUGGACCCAUCCCUUUCCCAGUAGCCCCGACCGGAGGAGGAGGAAA